CAACUGGCAUUUUUUAAUGCCAAAUUUAGUAAAAUUGGCAUUAUUUUGGCAUUUUGGCAUUUUUUUGGCAUUUUUAAAAAAACUGUUGAAUUGAUUUUUUUUUCAGUUGGUUUGUAUUUAAUUUGUAUUAAAACAUUAAGCACAAUGACGAGGAUAAAUUCAAGAAAGUACCUUGAAAAAUGGGAAGCGGAUUAUCCUUGGCUUAAAAAAAGCUCUGAUGGUACUAAAUCAGCAUUCUGUACCCUUUGUCGUGUGACUAUACAACCACGGAAAUCGUCUGUAGAACAGCACAGUGGUACUUUUAGACAUGCUACAAGAGAAAAGCAUCUUAACACAAAAAGCCAGAUUACGUUUCCUUUAGUAUCAAAGAAAGCAGACUGUGAAGCAGAUAUUUCAACGAUAAAUCACCUUGGAGAAAUCAUUUCUCUUUAUGGAAAAAAUAGUCCCCUUGAAAACCUUCGUCUGCAUCGAACCAAAUGUACCCAAAUUAUUAAAAAUGUAAUUUCUUCAUCAAUCGAAUCAGAAAUUUCUGAAUCAAUGGCAGAUAAACCUUUUUCCAUCCUGAUUGAUGAAUCAACUGAUGUUUCUUUGACAAAACAUCUUUGCAUUUGUGCUCGAUACUAUUCAGAUGAACAGAAAUCAGUUAUCGAUGACUUUCUUGGUUUAGCUGCUGAUAUCAACCACUGGUGCAGAUCUUUUUGCUGUUUUGGAAACAAAGUUGACGUCUGAACCUCAUUAUUCAACAUUCCUUUGAAUUAAUGCCAUCAAGUGUUGGCUUUCUGCUCAGUGAAAUUCCUUCAUUUUUUUCAAAAAGUUCUUUUUCAGACAAUGGAUCCAAGCAAUGAAAUGAUGGGAACUCCAUCACCAUUUCAAAAGUAUUCAGCUACUCGAUGGCUCGUCAGAGGGAAAUGUCUUUACAAUUUGAUGGUGAAUUGGUACGAAUAAAAAGCCUAUUUCUUAUGUGCUGAAGCUCAAGCUCCUGCUUGCAUUAGGUAUAGAGUUACAACAAUUAACAACAUGUUCAAAGAUGAAACUCUCUAUUUUUAUGUCGUCUUUUUGACACCAAUUGUUCAAGAAUUUGAGCGUUUGAAUGCUCUUUUUUAAAGCACUAAUGUGGAUCCUGAGAAGCUAGUUUCAGAGCUAAACCUACACUGCAAAAGUCUACAAUAGCGUGUUCUUGACAACCAAGGAGUUCAACUGCCUCUAAAACGUGUUGACUUUGGGGCAAAGUUUUUAUCAGAUUGCCAAAAAUAUAUUGAUACUUAUCCUCAAACCCAAAAAGAAAUAGCCAGAAAAAACAUUGAAAGUGUUCUAACAGAUUGUCUUCAAUUUCUUUUGCGUCUUUUGAAAGAGCUUUAUCAACGUCUACCUGAAAACAAAGAAAUUUUUCAAGGUCUAUCUUAUCUCUCACCAUCAAAGGUUCUGCAUCAAAGUUCUAAAAUGCCAUUCACUCAUCUGCCUUUAAGGCAUAUUAUGAAGGAUUAAGCGCAAAACAUUGAAGAUCAGUACAGAAAAGUAAGUUUGGUUGACUGGUCUUCUACGGAGCUGUUUGAAAAUUCUUGUAUACCAAAAGAUACAACUGAGUUCUGGACUGCAGUUCGCCACUACAAAAAAACAUCAGGAGAUGCAGCAUUUAAGGAACUAGCAGACUAUUGCCUAACUUGUCUUGUUCUCCCUAUAUCAAACGCUUUUGUGGAACGUAUUUUUUCUCAGGUCACCUUUGUUAAAAACAGACCAAGAAACAGAAUGUCAGACAAAUUGCUCAGCAGUGUAGUGCGAGUAAAAGCCUACCUUGCUAGCCGCAACAAAUGUUGUAAAGGCUUUAAAAUCAGUGACAAAAUGUUAACUAAAUUGGGAGUGGACAUGUAUUCUGACGAUGAUGAAUUAGUCGAAGAUGAUCUCACUCUAAUUGAUGAUUUAAACUAAAGGAAGUUUGAUAUUGAGACAUUUUUUAUAAUUCUUUUAACAGAAUUUGAAAUUUUCUUUAACUCAUAUUUUUUAACUUUAGAUUUAUAUUUAUUUGAAAGUUGAGUGAACAUACUUAUCUAU